CCAAUUCUAUCGCGGACAAAUUAAAUCACACUAUUUAUUUUUAACUUGUGGCGUCCAAAACAUUUUCUUUGGCCUCCUACCAACUUCUUGGUUGAUAGUAAAAUGGCUUGUAACGACGUUUUAACUAGAUUUCACUUUAUUACAUAGUUUGAUUGCGUAGUUUCGUGAUCGUGAUGACUUUUCAAUUUAUGGUUUUCAUGUUUUGUAAUAUUUGUUUGUGCUUUGCUAAGGAUAAUAUCAGAAUAGGUUUAUUCUUUGAUAAAUACCAAGAAGAAAUCCCUUUCUGGAACAUCAUAACAGAAAACCUAGAAGAAAAUUUGAAACUUAUAUCUAACUUCGAUGGUGGCCCUCCCAUCAACAUUGUACCAGAUAAUGACAUAUUCCAAACUGCAAAACAAUUAUGUUCUUAUGUCAAAGAUUCCAGUCAAGACAGGCUUGUAGCUAUAAUAGGACCGGAAUUACAAAGUGCAUCUUCCAUAAUGGAAGCAAUAUGUUCUCAAUUGAAAGUUCCAUAUAUUCUAACGACAUGGCGUCCUAGGACAUUUCAGGUGAAUCCGAACACUUUAAAUUUAUUCCCGGACCCGGAUUUAUUUUCUAAAGGUCUGGCUCAGAUAAUUCAAUCCUUCGAUUGGCCAGGGUUUGUUGUGCUUUACGAAGACAUCGAUGGAUUAUUGAGGCUUCAAGAGGUCUUGAAAUUGCAGGAGUAUAACGAAGAGAGUAUUAAAAGUCAAGUUAUGAUAGAAAAAUUGGACAUUGAUGGGGACAACAGGCAUAUACUUAAAAGCAUGAAACAUUCUAACCGAAUUAUCUUGGAUUGUCACGUGGAUAGAAUAAUGGAUAUUUUUCGUCAGGCUUCGGAAGUUGGACUCUUAUCGGAUUUUUCUAGGAGCUUUUUCUUAACCUCUUUGGAUGCACACACUUUAGAUUUUGCUCCAUUAAAAACUCAAGCAAACAUUACAACGAUUAGAUUAUUCAAUCCAAUGGAUGAGCAUUUUAAAAAAAUUGCUUAUGAAUAUUUCCCAGAUGUAUUGCCUACGCAAAUUAGGGUGGACAAGGCUCUGAAGUUUGAUGCUAUUACUCUCCUUACAGAAACAAUAAACACGUUAAAAAUCAAAGGGGAGGAAUUCAACCCGCGAGAACUACAAUGUAAUACUUUAGAAGAUACAUUUGAAGAUGAUCUUAAUAUUAUCGAAAACUUGCAGAAAGUUAGACCUAAUGACCUUCUUACAGGUCCAAUUUCGUUUCUAGAUGGAAAACGCAACAAAUUCUUUUUAGAAGUUAUAGAAACAGAUAUGCUGGAAAAGCCGAUAGGAAUAUGGAACUCGGAAAUUCCAGAUAAAGUCUAUUUGACCAGAAACGCGACUGAAAGGCAGGCGGAAUUGCAGAGGAGACUGGAAAGUUAUAAUUUUAUUGUUACCUCCAGGAUUGGUCCACCCUAUUUGUACGAAAACACUAAACCUGAAGCGUAUAAAAACGCAAGAUAUUACGGUUACUCCAUGGACUUGAUCACGGAAGUGGCGAAAAUUAUUAAUAUUAGUUUUGAAUUUAGAAUUACAGCAGACAAUUCGUACGUUAAUCUGGUAGAGGAUUUGGUUGAAAGGAAAGCUGAUUUGGGAAUUUGCGAUUUUACCAUAACUCCGCAAAGAAGAGCCCUUAUUGAUUUUAGCAUGCCGUUUAUGAAUUUGGGUAUUCAAAUCGUACAUAAAGAAAAUACUCAAGAGGAAGUCGACAACCUGUACGCCUUUAUGAGGCCAAUAAAUUGGAAAGUUUGGUUUUACAUUUGGGUUUUAUGUAUAGCCAAUUCAGUUACCAUGUUUAUUGUGGCCAGAUUGGCUCCAGCUGAAUGGGAAAAUCCCAAGCCAUGGGAUCCGGAAUCGAAAGAAUUGGAAAAUAUUUGGACUAUAAAAAAUUUUCUUUGGCUGAUUAUUGGGUCGAUUACUGCUCAGGGAUGCGAUAUUUUACCCAAAUCGGUUUCAGCAAGAGUUAUAGCAGGUUCUUGGUGGUUCUUCUCCCUAAUUAUUAUUAGCUCUUACACAGCUAAUUUAGCUGCAUUUUUAACAGCUCAGAAAAGAGAUGUUACCAUUGACAGUGUAGCAGAGUUAGCUGCUCAAUCUCGAGUGAAAUUUGGAUUGUUAGAAAAAGGUUCAACGGAAACAUUUUUUUCAACUUCAAACAACUCUCUCUAUCAAAAAAUGUGGAACACGAUGAAAAACGAGAAACCUUCAGUGUUUGAAAAAGAUAAUACUGCCGGAGUAGAAAGAGUUAUAAGCACAAAAUAUGGACUUUAUGCGUACAUUAUGGAGUCCACCGGACUUGAAUUUGAAAUGGAACGAAAAUGCGAACUAAGAAAAAUUGGUGGGCUAUUGGACUCAAAGUCUUAUGGAAUUGGAAUGCCAAUGGAUGCAGAUUAUCGCAAUGAAAUAAACAGGGCCGUCCUACAGCUGCAAGAAAGUGGAAAAUUAAUGGAGCUUAAAGAUAAAUGGUGGAAAAAGGAACGGGAAGGAGAACCAUGCAAAAGGAACGUUGAAGAUGAUUCGGAAGCUUUGGCUUUAUCAAACGUUGGAGGUAUAUUUAUAGUUCUCUCAGUAGGAAUUGGUGUAGCUUAUCUUAUAGCUAUUGCAGAGUUUUUAUUGAAUGUACGUCAACUAUCAAUUGAAGAACAUAUCCCUUUCAUGGAAACUCUAAAAUGCGAAAUGAAAUUUGCCUGUAAAAUAUUUACCAAGCAAAAACGAGCGAGGCCUAUGCCUUCCGAAUCGACAUCUUCAGCAAGAUCGGAGCCGGACCAUGAUAAAUUGAGCAUUGCUAAGAGUAUUUUCAGUAAAUCUGCUUCCUUGUUGAAUUUUCAAACUGAAGCUGCAAAUGGAAUGAGGAAUAGACAGAAGAGUACGUCAAGAAAUUCUAGACCAUCGAGUAAUCAUUUGAGAGUUAAAUGAUAGAUAAUGUUUAGUAUUUCUUUGUAAAUUUAUUUAUCAUUUUAGUAAAUGUCUUAUCGAUUUA